GGCCCGGGCAGAGUCAGGCAGAGCAGCUGAUGCCAACGCCGAGUGCAGACGUAACCCCGUCGCUCCGUUGAUUAUGUGCUUUUCCGCUUCAGCCGAUCACUCUUUUCAUGUUCAAUCGCCGUCUGUCGACCAGCCUAACUUAAGUGCAAGUACUGUCAAGUGAUCGUCACGUCGCUCCACCGCCCAAUUUUCGCCCAAUCGCCCGCCGAAAUGUCGACCGGUAAGAGAUUGGCUAAGCGUUCCAUUGUCGGCACCCGAGUGUGCGUGCCUGCCAAGGACGGUCUUUACCUGCCCGGCGUGAUCCACGCCGUCAAAUCAAGUCCCGGCGGAGGACUCUUCAACCCCACCGGUGAAAAUCGGUACAGCGUGCGUCUGGACGCACCGCAGCCGCGCACCAUAUCCGAGUACAUGGAGAAGGACUUGGUCGGACCCGGCUUCGGCUCCAUCAACAGACUCACCCUGAAGGAAGGACAGAAGGUGUUCCUCACCCACAACGGAAGGGAGGUGUCCGCCACCGUCGUCGCCCACGUCAGGGGCGAGAACAAGGACGAGGUCACCGUCACUGUCAACCCUUCUGGCUUGGAACGCGGAUCCCCGAUUCUGACGUUAGUCAAGCGUCUGGAUGAGGUUCGUCUCUUGGAGUCACGCAAAUCCGCACGCCUCAUGGAUCAGGACACUGAUUUCGCCCGACUGGCAGACAUGGCCGGAGCCGACCGCAAAAGGACCUCAUCUCACAGCAUCGACGUUCCAAACUCCAUCCACCAAGGGUCGCGCAAAAGACGGCCCAGCAGCGGCAACGGCAGUCCCUCGGACGAGAACAACCAGGACUGUAUGAACGAGUGCACCGCCGCCCUGGUGCUGAUGAGCCUCUCGUGCAGCCCUCAUUCCCCCAGGCCGUACUACAUCGAUGGUUCGGAGCUGUCGCCCCGCAGCAGUCACGACUCGGAGACCUACUCGUGGGCCCUGAACGGCCGCGGCUCGUCCACUCCAUCGCCGCCCUUAAGCAACGGUGGUUCCUGGCAACAGGACGAAGGUGUCGUUCUGGACGCCGACUUCGCCAUGGACGACCUUGAGAUCGAUACGCCUCGCAAAAAGAAGGUUAUGUGCACAGUGUUCCAAUGCACCUGGAAGGGAUGUGGAGUGCGAACCACGUCUUGCGAGGCUAUUGAGCGUCACGUCAGGAAAAUGCAUCUCGGCCCACGCAAUCCAGAAGGAAACGACGAAGACCCCAACAGCGACCACGAAGAAGAGUUCUAUUACACAGAGCUGGAGGAGGAAGCUAGAAACGUGGCCGUGUCGCCGCCCACGCUGAGCCACCAGGACAUGGCCCGGCCGCCUCACGAGGAUCCCGAGUAUCAGCGGCAGUUGCAGCAGGAAAAGCUCCAGCAUAGCGGCAGCUACAAGUCGCCGAGCGUACUUUCUCAGAGGGGAUCUCCACUCACGAUCCCCAUGUCGUCCUUCAGCUGGACGCCCGGGAGCUACCUGCCCGUCUCGCCGCAGAAGUAUCAGAAGCUGAGCCCGAAAACGGUGAGCUCGCCGAAGCUGAGUCCGAGUGGGCGUCGGGUGCGUGGCGAGUCAAAAAAGUGCCGCAAGGUGUACGGCAUGGAGCACCGGGAGCAGUGGUGCACCCAGUGCAAAUGGAAAAAGGCUUGCACUCGGUUCGGUGACUAGGCGAACCCCCACCGCCUCCGCCACCACCGCCGCACCGACAAGGAGAGUCGAAAUCGCUGGUUUAUUCGCUGAGAACAGAAGCGCAAGCUUUGGUAAUGAACGCACGGCCCGGCCAAAGUGACUGACAAACUUUCGUUCACCCCCCGAAAGGCCUAAAUUAUUGCCAAAGACUACAUGUGUCUGCUUAGAUCGUGUGCCUCCGCCUCAAACGGCCCGAUCGAACUGAUGUACUGACACAGUGCUAACCAAAUACCUGCCAAUUAUGCAAAAGACUUUUGAACAAAAAACUGGAAGGGUGCUGGUUAUCAUCAAGGAAAGUACAACGAGAAGAAAGAUCACACACGAAAAAUUGCAAGGGAGGCAAACGAUGAGAAAUGGUGUGCAAAGUGAUUUCACAUGAAUUUUGGGACCCACGAUCGGGCCUCAAUCUUUGUGUACUUAAAGGACACUAAACGUAUGAUGUCUCGAUCUUGUAUAUAUUCAACACAUUUUACAUCAAUCAGCGACACUCUCGAUCCAUUUGUAAGAUUUAAUUUUUAUUGUUACAUAUUAUUAUUACCACAUUUUACCAACAAUUUUGAUCUCUUUUGCUUUAUCCGAUGAGAAGAUUCAUGAAUAUAUGUAUACAUUUAUAUAUUAACUGUAAAUCAUCAUCGCAGAGUGGAGUGGCGCCUAGCUUUACUUUUUUUUCAAACGCGCGGGGCUUGGACAAAAAAAAGAUAACAAUCAAGUUAGAGUCCUCGCAUUACCUCCACAAGAACGAGUUUGCUUGCAUAUAUUAUCCGCGCGUCUUUUGGCGCCGUUGCGGUGUCAAACCACCCUUCCAAGCCCUGUUGCAGGCCACGGUGCACAAUUUUUUUAUUAUUAUUUUAUUGUACAGACCAACAGGUUCCUCAGUCUCGCAGAGCCUGUCGCGACGGGAGCCACUAUUUUCAGCCUCGCACUCUGACCAAUAUCAUUGGAGGCGUGAAAAUAGUGCACUGCAAUUCUCCUUGCCACACGCGCUCUGCCGAACGAUUUCACAUUUGACUUAAGAUGAUUGGCAAUACCUGAUAUUUAGUACAUGCAUCAUGUUGUCAAUGACGAGCUGUUGCACAGCAGUAUUCGUUGUUAAUGGUUUUACUCUUUGAUUACACUUCGCUUGAUCGUCUUUUUUAACAAAAGUGAGUUAGGUUUUAAAAUGAAUUUUAGUAUCUUGGAUUCACUUACAUUUCAAUCUUCAGUAUCAUAUUUUCCCCCUCAUAUUAUGUAUAACUAUUUAUUUUAUAUUUUUACCAAAACAUCUAAGCUUUAUUAUUGUGUAUCGCCUCUUUUGUAAUAAUUUAGUUGAAAUCAAUAUUAUCGCGUAAUCAUGUUUAGGGAAGUAAAACUCUACUAUCCAUAGAUUUAAGAGCCGAAACCGCGUUUUGAAUUGUUGAGUAAUUCUUGCGAUUUUUCCUUUUCUAAAAAAGUGGUUGAAAGAUUUAAAUGCCCGCAUCAGGAUGUGAGUUAUUUUCGCAAACGUUAUUUUUUAUAACAAAAAAAGUCAAGGACCUCCCCCCACACUAUCAGUUCGCCCCUUAUGAUGUCGGUUAAGGAAAUUGGAUCAUAGUAUAAUACGUAGGAAAAGGAGUACACUCGCCCACACAAUGCUACACACAUUUGUGAAUAAGAUCUGGUUCUUUAGGAGAAAAGACGAAUUCUUUCAUAAAUGGUACAACAGAUUAAUCUAAUUAGGAUUAACACGAAACGGUUUAACUGUAAAAUUUCAUCUCAUACAUGUGGAUUACUCGCGCUCGUGCGGCGCAGAGUUGGAUAAUACGCCAUACAUGUAUGAAAACUAAACAAGCAAGGAAUAUUCAGUUCAAUUUCCUGUAACUUUAAUAAUAAUAAGUGAUGAUUGAUGCUGUGUGAUGAUUGAAAGUAGUAAUUAUUACCAUAAUUGACGAAAAUUAAAAUAUUAUAUUAUUAGUUAAGUGCACAUGACAAAGUACAAGAAGCCAUUGCAAAAACAACAAUGAGAAUUGUUAAAUACAAUUUUUAGCAGAGGGAGAAAUUUGGAAAUAUUUGCCAUUUGAUCAUUUUGAACACACAAAUUACACGAAAAACAGUUUUACUCUUUCUCUCUUGACGGAGACGCGCGCUAUGAAACAUAUGUAUAUCCAAAACAAUAAUUUCCAACUCCAACUUGACAAGUGGAUCAAACUUUUAUGGAAUAAGCGAAACCCUGUGGAACCCAGAAAUAUAUUAUACACACAAUACGCGAGAGUUAUUUUCUACGUCCACUUCAUAUCAAAGGCAAACUUAUUUUUGUUCAAUGUUUAGAGGAGCGAAAUGGUGAAUGGCAGUAUUUUUCGGGAGGAAUUAAUCAAAGAGAACCUUGUAACAAUUAAGCGACGAGACGCAAAGCUGUAUCAAGAUUGAAUGUUCCAAAGUAGCUUUUAGCAUAGCCAACACAAACGUGGGACUGCUCGGUAUUUUGCCGCAUUUUAUUGUUCAAGUUGGAGGGCAAAAUGCUGGGCGUCACUAUUUUAAAAUUAAGCGAAACGUACCUCUCUUAAAGUGCAUGCGCGAGUGGAUUAUAUCAUAUUCAAACAAUUAGCGUACAUUAUACCAAUUGGCAAGAAUACUAUGCACUUUCUACAAAUUACAAUAUAAGUGUUGUGUUUGUGCUAUAUUGAUCGAUUAACGAAAAAGCAAUUGAGUUUUACUGUUCUCCGUUUAGAUUGCAGUUGACUAUUGUAAUCAUUAUUACUGAAAAUUACUUGGACGAGUCCGAGGGGAUAAAUUAAUAAUUCUGAACUUGCAAAUAAUACUCACAAGUCCACACACCGCGCGCGGCUUUGACUGUGAAAAGGCGAACCGAUUCGAAAUGCGAUGGUUACAUGUGAGAAUUUACACACAUACAAUAUUAUAUUAUAUUAUUUGUUGUGCCAGUGUACCUCAGUUCAAUUUUCUCCGAGCACUGCUGCUAUAAUUUUUCUUUUCUACUUCGCUUGUGUAACUCUGCGCGCAUCAUUUACUAAUUUCUCCCUUUUAUCUCAACAACCCAGAAUAAAUCAUCAAUAAUCUUUAUAUAAGAGUAUCUAUAUCGGUGUUGUUAGCCAGAGCAAAUUUUUGUAUUUUAAAGAGGAAAAGCCAUAUUUAAAAUAAUACGAUUAAGUACAAUCUAAGAAUAAAAGAAACAAACUCUCAUCUCAUGUGUGAAGAUAAAACUACAUAAAAUUUAGUGAGGAAUCCAAAUUGAUGUGUUUAUGAGGAAACUUAUAAGAGUAAUUACAUGUCCAUCUCACAAACUGAUCAAUCAUUCGUGCAAAUCACAAGAAUUCAGAGCGUCCGAUUCACCUUUUGUAUAAGAUGAUUUUUUGAUUGAUUUGAGUCAGCUGAGUAUGACUUGCAUUAAAUUUAGUUCUUGUAAAAAUGUCGAUACAAACUGAAAACCGCAGAAGGCUCACAUUCAAAAUUCUAAACAACGCAGCAAUAUCAACGUCUCACCGAAUACCGAUGGUGACUUAUGUAUCGAAUGUGAAUCUGUGUUUUCUACUUCUGUCAAGCUGUCUGUUAUAUUUUUUCUGUUUCUGUAUAAAUACUUCCUCAGAAUUGUAAAACGUGUAUUUGAUAUAUACCCAGCGCAAAACUUGUGUAAAUUCAUAAUUUGCCCCACUCCUCAUGAAUAUAUAUUUAUUAUACUUGAUUAAGUUUCAAUAAAACUCCAAAACCUUAUUGCAAACAAA